CCGGCGGCGGGGGCGGGCCCUGGGGCCCCCGCAGGCGCGGCGGCGGCGGCGGCGCAGGCGCGGUUCCCGCCUCCUCCCGGCUGGCGGAGCGAGUGCAAGCUGCAGCCCGGCACGACUGGGCUCCCGCGUCCCCAUCGCCGUCACCUCCGCCGUCGCGCAAGGCCCCCGCCUCGCUCCUGCCGCGCCGAGAUGAGCUCCCGGAAAGUGCUGGCCAUUCAGGCCCGAAAGCGGAGGCCGAAAAGAGAGAAACAUCCGAAAAAGGAUUGAAUUUAACCUGGAGCUUGCCAGAAAUCAAGCAGAAGAUUGAGCUGCUGAUGUCAGUUAACUCUGAGAAGUCGUCCUCUUCAGAAAGGCCGGAGCCGCAACAGAAAGCUCCUUUAGUUCCUCCUCCUCCACCUCCUCCACCUCCUCCACCACCACCACUGCCAGAACCCACUCCCCCAGAGCCAGAGGAGGAGAUCCUGGGAUCAGAUGAUGAGGAACAGGAGGACCCUGCGGAUUACUGCAAAGGUGGCUAUCAUCCAGUGAAGAUUGGAGACCUCUUCAAUGGUCGAUAUCAUGUCAUCAGAAAGCUAGGAUGGGGGCACUUCUCUACAGUCUGGCUGUGCUGGGAUAUGCAAGGGAAAAGAUUUGUUGCAAUGAAAGUUGUGAAGAGUGCCCAGCAUUACACAGAGACAGCCUUGGAUGAAAUAAAACUGCUCAAAUGUGUUCGUGAAAGUGACCCCAGUGACCCAAACAAAGACAUGGUGGUCCAGCUCAUUGAUGACUUCAAGAUUUCAGGCAUGAAUGGAAUACAUGUGUGCAUGGUCUUUGAAGUGCUUGGCCACCAUCUCCUCAAGUGGAUCAUCAAGUCCAACUAUCAGGGUCUCCCAGUACGUUGUGUGAAGAGUAUCAUUCGACAGGUCCUCCAGGGUUUAGAUUAUCUACACAGUAAGUGCAAGAUUAUUCAUACAGAUAUCAAGCCAGAGAACAUCCUGAUGUGUGUGGAUGACGCGUAUGUGAGGAGGAUGGCAGCCGAGGCCACGGAGUGGCAGAGAGCAGGCGCUCCUCCUCCCUCGGGGUCUGCAGUGAGUACGGCUCCACAGCAAAAACCUAUAGGAAAAAUAUCUAAAAACAAGAAGAAAAAGCUGAAAAAGAAACAGAAGAGGCAGGCUGAAUUAUUGGAAAAACGCCUGCAGGAGAUAGAAGAAUUGGAGCGAGAAGCUGAAAGGAAAAUAAUAGAGGAGAACAUCAGCUCGGCUGUACCUUCCAAUGCGCAAGAGCACGACUUCCACCCGGAGGCGGAACUGAAAGCAGCAGGCUUAGAGGGGCCCACCGAGGGAGAGGCUGCCAAGGACAGCGGUGAAGCUGAAGACCAGGAAGAGAAAGAAGACGCCGAGAAAGAAAAUGCUGAGAAAGAUGAAGAUGAUGUCGAGCAGGAACUUGGGAGCACAGACCCUACGUGGAUCGAGUCACCCAAAACAAACGGCCACAUUGAGAACGGCCCGUUCUUACUAGAACAGCAGCUGGAGGACGAAGAGGAUGAGGAAGAUGACUGCCCAAAUCCCGAGGAGUACAACCCCGAUGAGCCAAACGCAGAAAGUGAUUACACGUACAGCAGCUCCUACGAACAACUCAAUGGUGAAUUGCCAAAUGGACAACAUAAGAUUCCAGAGUCCCGGUUCCCAGAGUUUUCCACCUCACUGUUUUCUGGGCCUUUGGAAUCUGUGGCCUGCGGCUCUGUGCUUUCCGAGGGAUCACCGCUCACCGAGCAGGAGGAAAGCAGCCCAUCCCAUGACAGGAGCAGGACGGUUUCAGCCUCCAGUACUGGGGAUCUGCCAAGAACAAAAACCCGGGCGGCCGAUUUGUUGGUGAACCCCCUGGAUCCUCGGAAUGCAGAUAAAAUUAGAGUAAAAAUUGCUGACCUGGGAAAUGCUUGCUGGGUGCACAAACACUUCACCGAGGACAUCCAGACGCGUCAGUACAGAUCCAUAGAGGUGUUGAUAGGAGCGGGCUACAGCACACCUGCAGACAUCUGGAGCACGGCAUGCAUGGCUUUUGAGCUGGCAACCGGAGAUUACUUAUUUGAGCCACAUUCUGGGGAAGACUAUUCCAGGGAUGAAGACCACAUAGCCCACAUCAUAGAGCUGCUAGGCAGUAUCCCAAGGCACUUUGCUCUAUCUGGAAAAUAUUCUCGGGAAUUCUUCAAUCGCAGAGAUCACAUAGCAUUGAUCAUUGAACUGCUGGGGAAAGUCCCACGAAAAUACGCUAUGUUGGGGAAAUAUUCCAAGGAGUUUUUCACCAGAAAAGGAGAACUGCGGCACAUCACCAAGCUGAAGCCCUGGAGCCUCUUUGAUGUACUUGUGGAAAAGUACGGCUGGCCCCAUGAAGACGCUGCGCAGUUUACGGAUUUCCUCAUCCCGAUGUUAGAAAUGGUUCCAGAAAAACGAGCCUCCGCUGGCGAAUGCCUUCGGCAUCCUUGGUUGAAUUCUUAGCGAACCUGCAAAUACACAUUCUGAGCUAGCGAGUGUUUUCCAGUCCAUUGGACCUAAACCGUGACUCAUUCUUUAACAGGAUUACAAGUGAGCUGGCUUCGUCCUCAGACCUUUAUUUUGCUUUGAGGUACUGUUGUUUGGUAUUUUGCUUUUUGUGCACUGUGAUCCUGGGGAAGGGUAGUCUUUUGUCUCCAGCUAAGUAGUUGACCAUUUUCUUCUGGAAACAAUAACCUGUCUCUAAGCAUUGUUAUCUUGUGUGUGGCAUUCAAAUGUCAUUUUUAUUUCGAAUGAAAAAUUCUUUCCCCUUUGUGUUUUGGCAGGAUUUGUAACUAUUUAUGAAGAAAUAUUUUAGCUGAGAACUAUAUAAUUUACACUCUUAAGAAAUUAUCAAGAUGGAACCAAGAAAUAGCAAGGAUAUGUACAAUUUUAUCUUCUGGCAAAGGGACAUCAUUCCUGUAUUAUAGUGUAUUUAAAUGCACCCUUGUAAAUGUUAAUGUCCAUUAAAUAUGGGACAGGACCUAAGUUUCCGAGAAGCUCCCAAGCCCGAGUGCUAUGCAGCUGGUGUUGCAUGUGGCAGACGCACGCCCUGGCAGCCGUCACGGGGCGCGGGGCUCCUAGACGCCACUGCCUGUGCUGCUCUGCGAAGGACGGAGACAUGCUUGUUCUAGCACGCAUUCUGAGUUAGCAGUCCCAUUUGUAUUUUUGCAUAUUUUUAAGAGUACUUUUAAAGAAAAAAAGUGACUUCCCUUUAAAAAUGUGACGGCCUGGUACCAUGUGGUGUUGCCUCCUCCAAGCACUGUAAGUUAAAUGCAUAGAUUAAACUGGACAAGAGAAACAGUUCAGUGUGUGGAAUGACAAUAUAUCCAUUUUGAAAAAGCAUGAUCAUGUUUUCUAAACAGGUGUGGAACAUACAGUUGCAGUGUAGUGAGCAGCACACUCCUCACAGCCCAAGGUGGCAGUGGUCGCUCGCAUCCAUUCCCCAGGCAGCGUCAGGUGUGGCUACAUGAAUUCUACCAGCAUUCUCGUCAUCUUUCCAUGAAUGAGAAAAUGAUUUUCCCUCUGUGGGUUGCAUUGUUUUUGUUUAUGCAUUUCUUCAAAAUUAACUGUAGAGUCCAGGACACAAACCUUUAUUAGUAGGCAAUACAAUUUUAGAAUGUAAUAUAUAGAGGUAUAUUUAGCCUCUUUUAGAAGUCAGUGGAUUGAAUGUUUUUAUUUUAAAUUUUACAUUCAUUAAGGUGCCUCGUUUUUCUUGACUUUGUCCAUUAACAUUUGUCCACACGCCUCUGCAAUAACUAGAUUGUGAAAAGCUAACACGUAUUGUAACAAUAACCUGUUGUUUGAGGUGCUUGCAGUUGUCUUAAAAAUUAAAGUGUUUUGGUUUCUUCCCCCAGACAUUGCCUUGGUCAUUGCCCUGUAUUUCAAGGGACUCAGCACACAUGUGCUGCGUGACAUCAGAAGCGAAGGGAGUGCCAGCAUCCCCGUGGCAGCAAGGGUAGCUGUGGAGUGUGAAGUAAGGCUUUUUGUAAGGGCAGGAUGGAUUGAGGGAAGAUGUUAAUUCUAGAUUCACUAUCUAGAAUUUCAGUGAGUCUUUCUUAUCCAUGCUUCACCACAAACCAUUCUAAUUGCAUUUUGCUUGAGCAUUUCCAACGUCUUUUUUUAAAACACCAUUCAUUCCUCAGAACAAGACACACAUGCCCCACGCUGCUGUGAGGUGGCAGGUGCCGUUCAGUGAUGAGAUCCAUGUGCUGUUUCUCUGAUGAGGCUUAGGUCUCUGUGUCGGUGCUGGACAGAAGUUGGUUUAGACCAGUGAUGCUCUCCGUGAUUUCCAUAGGGAACAUUCUCGCAAGAACUGUGGAGUACAUUCAUACCUCCUGUGUCUUAGAAGAAUUACCAGAAUGAUAGUACGCUUGAUUAAAAUUUGUGUUAGGUUUUAGUUUAUGUUGGAACAGAAACUAGAUUUUGCAUUUUUAAGAAGCAUCUCUGCUAAAUAGCCUAACUAGUUUGCAGUGUCCAGCAGUUGCUCUAGAAGGACUAUGAUUUGUAUUAUGAUUUGUGGCUUUUAGCAGAUCCUUGGUGGCUUGUUGGUACAGAAUGCAUCAGGCGAAGGGAAAGCCGCUCUGUAUGCUCAGUGUCAGUUCCCUGAGCAGAGUGUCGUGUCCUGUCUUUGCCCGUGCUAAGUCUUCAUGGGAAAUCACAAGCAGCAGAUCAAGUGUGUGAUGGCAUCGGAUCCAGAAGCCAGCUCUCUGGAAACUGGCAGGCAGAACUCCGAAAGGCAGAGGGAAGGUGGCCAGUGAGAGCGGCAGAGGCACACAGCUUUUGGGUGAACAGAUUUACUACUUCAUUCAUUUUAUCUGGACCAGAUGUAACUUAACAAGAUAAAGACAACUUACCAUCAAACUAUAGAAGCAGAAAACUUCUAUAGUUUAACGUUUUUCUCCUGCUUCUUGAGAUGAAAGUUUGAUGGAGGACAAUGGUAUUUAAGGGUCUUCCUUCAUCAUAGCGUUAUUUAAUCCUCUGCAGUUUGUACAUGUGCGUCUGUGUGCAUUAAUUAGCACUAGCGUAGGCCGCUCUGAAGCACUGAGCAUUCAGGAAUGCUCAGGCGGGUCCUCUGAGAGAGGUGAAUGUGGGUGUUUUGUGUUCAGAAACUGUCAGGUGAUGGGUGAUGGAAGCCAUUUCUUCUCAAAUGUUUCCUUGGGAAUGCCGUAAGCAAACUUUCGCUUUGCAAGUCAAGGAUGGCAGAGUUGGUUUAUGUUGUGAAACCUGAAGCUGGUUAGGAUUGAACCCUAAGUGUGCUGUAUGAAUGCACAAUCGUAAGCUAAUUUUCAAAAGGAAAUGAAAAUUAAAAUCAUAAAACAUGACAAAUUA